ACUAAGCAUGGUAAGUCCACACCCCCUUUAUCGAUAAUGGCAUUAGAUGAGUAGGUUUCAGUUCCACUUAUUUUCCUACUUAUUAGAAUACAGCAGCAGAAAGUGGUGGUAAACAGCAGUGAGGAUCUGUGUGAGCAGUCAUGGACGGGGGUCUGUUUGUGCUGCUUCUGCUGUCAGGACUCUUCUGGAGCAGUUCUGCUCUUUCUCGUCCGUACUUCUAUAUAAAUACACCAAUGUCGUGGCCAGAUGCUCAGAGUUACUGCAGAGAGAGAUUCACUGAUCUGGCUACUGUAGACAACAUGGAUGACGUGAACAAGCUGGUAAAUAUAAUAGAUGAUGGAUACAGUGGAUCAGUGUGGAUUGGACUCAAGAAGCGGACACAGACACGCUGGGUUUGGUCUAGUGGAGAAAAUACAACUUCUCAGUACUAUAACUGGGCUUCAGGACAGCCAAAUUGGAAUGGAGAUUGUGUAGCCACUUAUUUAGGCGCUUGGUAUGAUAUAUCAUGCGACUUCAUGCGAUAUUUUGUGUGCUAUGGUGAGUACCCUGUUCUUUUACAUUUGGGAAUUAGCAUUUUAAUUGGGGGAAAACCUGAACACAGAGUGUAUUUGCAUUUCUCAAUAGAAAAUUCCGGAUACAUCUUGGUGCAGAGUGCUAAAAUUUGGAGUGAUGCUCAGAGCUACUGCAGACAGCAUUACACAGACCUGGCCACCAUCCACAACUCUGAUGAGCUGGACCAGAUAAAUCAAAUUCUUCUAUCUGGGUAUGUCAUCUGGAUUGGUCUGUUUCUGGACUCUUGGGGAUGGUCUGAUCAGUGGGAUCUGAGUUUCAGACACUGGGCAGCAGGUCAAACAUCCCAGACUUCAGGUGACUGUGUUGGCAUGACAAGAACCAACUCUGGCAGAUGGUCUCAGUACAGCUGUGAUCUAGAACAGCCUUUAAUCUGCUACGGAGAUGACAAGUUGAUUAAAAAACAGAUUAUCAGACUGAAAUUGUCCUGUAAUGGAAAAUGCACACUGAGUGAUCUUUCUCUACAGACACCCAUUCUGAAUGAGAUAAGUGAGAAGCUGAAGAGCAUGGGGCUGGAAGGUGACAGCAAAAUAAUAUGGAGAAAUGAAGAAGGUGACAAAGUGUUUCUUUAGGAGAGAGACCGUACAGCCAUUAUCGAAACAAUAGUUGUAUAGUGUAUUCUUAGAGAUUAACUAUUUAAUCCGCUGUCAUUCAAGUUGAAAUAGGCUAUUUGUGUAAUUGUAAAAUGAAACUUCAGCAGACAAAUUUCUGAGGACAAAUCAGUUUGCAUUGUAAAACUAAAACCUUGAAAUUCUGCCUCUAUAAGUUCAUUACCAUAGGAGCAGCCUUUUUCUGUUUACAUUUAGACUAGUUUUUAUGCAAAAGCUGCCUGUUUAU